AUGGUAAAUAAGUUGAAGUAUUUUUUAGAUUUAAAUAUGCAUAAAUCCAUCAUAACAAGAAUUUUGGCAAAAGAUGGCAAACAUAAAAAAAAAUGCCGUCGAAAACCUGCUUUAAAUUUUAAACAUAAAAAAAAUAGAUUACUUUUUUCAGGUAAAUAUUAA